AUGUCUGGCCCCUUGCGACCUCCGGCCCCAACACCGCUCCGCCACCCAGCGACCGAGCCGCCGAGUAGCACAGCAGCCGAGCCGCUCGCCUACCGAGCAGCCGAGCCGCCCAGAAGCCGUGCCGCCGAGCCGCCUAGCAGCCGAGCCGCCCUGCCGCCGAGCAGCCCAGCAGCCGAGCCUCUCGUGGUGACCCUCGCACCCCCCGUCUUUGAGGGGUGUUCUCCCUCCCCCCUCUUGCCCUCUAUUGCCUCUGCUGCUGCGGCCGACCUCGUUGCUUUCAAGUCGAUCGGCGCUGCGUCUGCCCCGAGCGGGAAACGCCGCACCGGCAGGGGCAAGGGGGGGAAGGGCACUGGAGGGGCUGGAGGGGAGAGUGGAGGUGGUGGAGGAGGAUGUGGAGGGAGUGGGGUGGUGGUGGGAGUGGUGCCGGGGGUGGCGGCGGCGGCGGGCAGCAGUGGAGGAGGCGGAGGCAGUGGAGGUGGCGGAGGGAGCGGAGGCGGCGGAGGUGGCGGAGGAGGCGGAGGUGGAGGAGGCGGCGGCAGCGGCGGCGGCGGUGGUGGAGCGAGUCGCGACUCUGCGCACAGGACUGGUGAGCAGUGCGAAGGCUCGCACUCCACCCAGCGGUGCUUUGGUCGCCUGACGGACGCGUGGCGUCGCCAGUUCCCUGAGGCGUCAGAGAUCCCUCGCUGGGGAGAUCUGUCUAAGGCCGGGGUUGCUAUCUUUGAUCUUGAUUUUGAUGCUAUUCUUGCUGCAAUGUAUGCUGUUCAUACUAGUGUUGCGGGUGACUGUUACCUGUGUGUACCGCCUGACUCGGGCAUUGAGGCCGCUGCUCUAGGUGCUAGUGCGUCUGCUGCCCCAGGUGCCAGUGCGUCUGCUGCCCCAGGUGCUGGUCAGUCUACUCUCUCAGGUACUACGUCGGCUCAGGCCUUCCACACCUUCACCCUGGACUCAGGUGCGUCCCGCUCCUUCUUUCGAUACUGCACCACUCUUACGCCGCUCAGUCGGCCGGUUGCAAUCUCCCUGGCAGACCCCUCUGGGGGUCCUGCCCUUGCUAGCUUCUCCACUCUCCUACCAUGCCCGGCAGCCCCCUCAGGCACCCUGUCUGGUCUUUACCUCCCCUCGUUCUCUACAAACUUGGUGAGUGGAGCGGACCUACGGGAUAAGGGGGUUGACCAGUUCACUCCUGCUAGUCAGCGAGUGACCCACUGCACGUGUCCUCGGACAGGCCGACACUUGGCCACGUUCACCCGUCGGCCAAGGUCGAGCCUGUACACCCUUAUUACUGAGUCUCCUCCUGCUGCUGAGUCUGCCCAGGUAGCUGCGUCGAGUCAGUGUUCUUGUCUCUGGUCUCCCUCGGUCUCUCCCUCCCCUUCCUCCGGGGCGUGGCCCUACCUGCGUCCCCUGCGUCGAGGGGCGACAGCGCGCCGCCCUCACUCCUCCAAGUUUCCUCCAACAGAGGCUCCGUUGCAGACUCUCCUUAUGGACGCAUGGGGCCCAGCCCGCGUCAGUGGGCAGGGGCGCGAGCGGUACUUCCUGCUGGUGGUUGACGACUACUCGCGUUACACCACAGUCUUCCCCUUGCGCAGCAAGGGUGACGUCACCGAGUUGUUGAUCGAAUGGAUCCGCGCAGCUCGUCUCCUACUCACAGAGAGUUUCGGCUCGGACUUUCUUGUUCUGCGUCUGCACUCGGACAGAGGCGGGGAGUUUUCCUCUGCCCGUCUGGGAGCCUUCUGUCGUGCACAGGGCAUCCGCCAGACCUUCACGCUUCCGACCUCUCCACAGCAAAAUGGGAUUCCUGAGCGCCGCAUUGUACGCCGCGCAUCAGCUCAACCUGCAGCCCCGGUCUCCUUGCCAGAGACCUCCCCCGCCUUGCGUUGGACCGAGAAGGUUGGCGAUGCGUCUGCGUUUCGGGUCUGGGGAUCUCGGGCGUUUGUCCGCGACUUGUCUGCGGACAAGCUGUCCCCCCGUGCUGUACCCUGCGUCUUCCUUGGCUUCCCCCCUGACGCGCCUGGGUGGCAGUUUUACCACCCCACCUCGGGCCGUGUUCUGUCCUCCCAGGACGUCACCUUUGACGAGUCGGUGCCUUACUACCGUCUCUUCCCCUACCGCACUGCGCCUCUCCCCCCGCCGCCGCUCUUCCUUGCACCAGGUCCUCACCCGGUACACCUUCUCCCCCCUCAGGGUCCCUGCCCUGUCAGGUGUGUCCCAGGUAGACGCAGUGGAGCCUGUUGA